AUGAAGCUCACACAUUAGCCAGGCCGACUGAAGAACCACCUGUUUCUGAACUCCUGCACGGUUUGGGCGCAAUAUAAAAAAAGAUGUCAGGACCGAGGCCGGUGGUGCUGAGCGGCCCUUCAGGAGCAGGGAAGAGCACGCUCUUGAAGAAGCUGAUGAAGGAUCAUGAGGGAGUCUUCGGAUUUAGUGUCUCACACACAACAAGAAACCCUCGACCGGGAGAGGAAGAUGGCAAAGGGCUGAACAAGCUCCCUAUGCUUCUGGGAGCUACUUUACUGCCUGUAGCAGACGUCUUUUCCUCUGAAGACUUAGAAACCUCAUUUUCGUGUCCAAAUGAAUCAGAAACCACAGAUAAAGACUACCACUUCACAACACGGGAGGCCAUGCAGGAGGGCAUCGAUAAUGGAGAGUUUAUUGAAAAUGCGGAGUUUUCAGGGAACAUGUAUGGGACAAGUAAAGCUGCUGUGGAAGACGUCAGGGCCAAGAAUCUGAUCUGCAUCCUGGAUGUGGACAUCCAGGGGGUGAGGAGAAUCAAAGAGACGGACCUGAACCCCAUCUACAUCUCCAUUCAACCUCCUUCCAUUGAGAUUCUGGAGCAACGCCUGAGAGAUCGGCAGACGGAAACGGAGGACAGUUUGCAGAAACGUCUGGAGGCCGCGCGCAUCGACAUGGAGCUCAGUAAAGAGCCUGGAGUAUUUGACGUUGUCAUCAUCAACGAUGAUCUGGACAGGGCCUACGAGGAGCUCAAAGAGAUUCUCAAUGAAGAAAUCCAAAAGGUUCAGGAUGCGAAGUAGAAAAGGAAACGGUGCCCAUGUUUUCCUGUGGCUGAAACGAAGACCUAAAGCUAAAAAAACUCAUGUUUUUUUCUUUUGUAUUCCUCGAGUAAUCAUAAAACAAGGGAAAACUCCAGGUUGAAAUUGACAAUCUGCUCAGAUUUAGUUAGAUUUAAAAAUAAAUACUCACAUGUAAACUGCCAAACCCAAGCAUGAUGCACAGGAUCACCUCCAGAAAAUGUUAUUGAUCAUACCAAAAUAAACAGAACUACCAAA